AUGGGAAAACUCGUACUGACUUUGGUUUUCAUUGCAUGUAUCGCCUAUGGGUACUGUCGCUCUUUUUCGGCUGAAGACAACGCACGCUCAGCAGAGAGAGUUAGACAGAAAUUAUUUGCAAGGUAAGUACUAAUUUCGAAAGCAUCACAUUUGCUCUUUGGUUAACGUUUCUUUGUUAGACCUUGAUUGAAUUAAUCCUAAAACUCAUUGUAGGACAUUGUAAACCUGUUAUUAAAACUGCUCGGUGUUCGCUUGGAGAUUUAAUCCGUUCGUCAUCCCAGUGCAUUCGAAUUCACCACGUACGUUGCAUUUUGACAAAUCAAACUGCAUUAGGCGUUGGUAAACGGUAAUUAUUCCCAACAAAAAGGUUAAAAUGAACAAAAGUCCCCCUGGAAAGACCUCCGUUCACAAGUUCGUAAAAGCAGUGGUGGAGAGCUCACACCAACAAGAUUGCCUCGGAAUAGAAAUGUAUCUCUUUGAGAAAUAUCAUGGGAAAUUAAAUAAAAUCACACACAAUACCAACUAAUAUAUGUUUUCGCCUUUUUCAUGUAAGAAAAAAAACUGCUUAGGGCAAAUUUAAGACAGCCCUGAUUAUUAGUCAUCUCUCGCACGGUUUAUAUCCCAUGCUGUGUGGUCAGCUAAAAUCGCCUAAAAAUUUCUGGAGUGUUUUUUUCAAUUUUUUUUUUGGCUCGGUAAGCUCUUCAAUAGAGGAAAAUCUUCACAUUCAGUAACAAGCUUUUAAACAAAAUAAAAUUUGAAAAGCAUUUGUUAGUGGAAAGGAAAUUUUAAAAAAUAAAUUUUAUCAGUUUAGAAAAUUCUCCCUCGAUCAUUGGAUAUCAAUAAUAAUGGUUAUGGAGUUGCUAGGUUUUGAUCCAAAGUCUAGAUCCAUUCGGCACGAUUUCAUUUAAAGAUGAGCUGUUGCCAUGGUAACGGUGAUUGAUUAGCGCAUUCCGCAUUAUGACCGAUCCUUUCUCUCUCAAGGAGUAAAACAAAUACCGUCUGGCUUUCAGGUGUCUCACCAGUCAUUUGACACAAUUUCGAACCAAUAUUGUUUGGAUGGUAGCCCCAAUUUAUUAGUUUAAGAUUCGUGCUUCAAAAAGUGCUUGAUGUUUUCCAACGAGGAGAAAAAUCUCACUCCACGAAAUGCACUAUCAACAAAUUUAACGGAGAAGACGGCCAAACUCGACUACAUUUAGAAGCUCUCCAAACUGUCCACUUUUUAGGACUCAAAUAUGUUACUAAUUCUAUGGAUAACGGAGUUUCCAAACGAAUUAAAUUGUAUUAGGGAAAAGAUAAACUUUGGCCACCAUUUUAUAAAGUUGAGGUAAAAGUCGAAUAUAUGCAAAAUUAGCCUUUUUUCCUUCCAAUUUUUUUCUCAGAGAAGGAGGAAAAAUUAAACUUAAUUACUAAGAUACAUUAUCUGACAUCGAGAGUGCUAGGCAAAAUUCGUUGAUAACAUUUUUGGUCAAAGAACUUAUUAAAUGGUAUGAAACGAAACACAAUUUCGCAGUAUACCUUCGAAUUAUUUGGCAAUUUUCAUCCGAUUCAUGCUUGUGUCACUCACUUCUGUUGAUAUUCUGUUUCAUUAUCUUGACGUUACCAAGGUUAAGCAGGAAGCUUGGCUUGAUAUUUUCUGUAGGGACUUUAAGCCUUCAGCUUUGUAAAUGAUACCUUACGAUGUAAACAUCGGCCAACGUUAUUUGUGCGAUUUCCGCCAUGGAAGUACUGAAAUUCAUUCAGAUCCAGCUCUAAUUCGAGAAAUAAAAGAUAUGCCUCUUUACCAUUUUCCUUACAUGUAGAAAACGGUCGAACAUAUUGCAUUGAAAUACUGCACCACCAAAAUUUGAUUUGUUUAGACUUAGUCCCAACCCCAAGUCAUAUGGCGUCCAUGGCAGUCAACGGCAACAUAGCAGUCAUAUUUAGGGCAAUACUGGCCAGCCACGCGCCAAUUUCCCGCGCAAAAUUUUAAAGGAAGAAUGAGAAACUAGCGCUUUCUCGCAGAAUAAUCAAUACAAAUGGAAAAGUUCAUUGAAAUCUGUAAAAGGAACAAAAUGUAAGGAAAAGCAAAGGUCGAGACUUUUCGAACUCAAAGCUUAUUCAAAUACUGGUAUGCUGUUUAUGUAAUAUUCUAUUUUGAGCUUUACCGAAAAAGCUCCUUCGCUUGUGAAACAUUGUGACUUCCUGGUUUGUGUGGGUGUUUGUAACUUGUGUGAGACAACUUGGUUUGGACAGCCUGAAAGUACGCCAUCUAAUCAUUACAACGUUAUGCACGUGCUCAGACGUAGAAGCACAGACGUCCCAUUUUCUUAACCAACCAAAAAUUAAAAAGACGACUCAACAAUCCUAGCUCAUUACGAUACAAUUCAAAACAAAGGUCACUAACAAGUUCACUUCUUUGCACGACUGUAGGAUGAGUAAAAUGGACGACACCGCUGACACUAAGCGAAGCGGGGAAAAAAGGAGUCAAAACUGUAAACCACCUUACUGUCAGAGUCACGGUUACACUACUGGCUGGCUUAUGGAGUAA